AUCUCCCCACACUAACUCUCUCCCUCUCUCCUCUCUCUCCCCGCAGGCUACAGUGACCAUGUUGAAGGUGUUGGAGUGUGUGUUGUGUUUGGGGCUGGUCACCCUGUGCUGGGCUUGGCUGCUCCUGUGGCCGGAGACAUUGCCGUUGCCGUUGCCGGCUGGACUGGCCUGGCCGUUGCCGGGCUACCUGGUGGUGGGGCUGGGCUGCUACGGGCUGGCCACUGUGGGCUGGGGGCUGGCCACAUUCAACGAGUGCCGGGGGGCAGCCGAGGAGCUGGGCCGGGAGCUGGGGGAGGCUCGCAGGGGGCUGCACCACAGGGAGUUCAGAUUCUCACGGACACGGUGA